CCAACAAAUAUCUCUCCCACCGAGCUAAUUCAACAGCAUGCCGACAAUCAAUCGAUAAUGUCAUCCCCAUCUCUUGAUUCUUCGAAUGGUGUCAAAGAGUCCAUAGACAUUACAAUUUUCGCCACAAAACUCGGUGAAACAUUGGUACCCGGUCUAAAAGCUGCUACAUUAGUUAUCGACUCAAUUUUUGCAAGCAGAAAGACUUAA